AUGGACGCCUCCUCUAGCCCGUGGAAUCCCACCCCGGCUCCCGUCAGCAGCCCUCCCCUGCUGCUCCCCAUCCCUGCCAUCGUGUUCAUCGCUGUGGGCAUCUAUUUGUUGCUGCUCGGAGUAGUGCUGCUGGCUAGGCACUGCCUACUGGCCCACGGUGGCUGCACCGACUGCAGCUCCCCUUGCAGGAAGCAAGGUGCCUCCAGGCCCCAGGACUGUUGCUGGACCUGUGCAGAAGCCUGCGACUUCCCUCUGCCUAGCCCAGCCCACUGCCUGGACACCUGCUGCCCCCAGCCCACGGAAGCGGGUUGGGCCCCUGGCUGUCCCUGCUGCUGUCCACUCUGUGACUGUGCCUGUGCUUGCCAGCCUCCUGACUGCCAGAGCCUCAACUGUCUCUGCUUCGAGAUCAAGCUCCGAUGA